AUGGAAAAGGUUCAAUCUAGACCCCAAACUUCGAUCAAUACGGAUGAGCUUCGUCGUCGAAGAGAAUCCAAGAAAGAAAUUCAAUUCAAUCUUCUCCUACUUGGAGAAACUGGUAUUGGUAAAACAACCUUCCUAAACAAUUUAUGUAAUCAAGUUAUUGAGAAUGAUAAUGAUACACAGGUAAAUGUGAACCCAUUAUCUAAUAAUAUUGAAACCACUACACAUGUUAUUAAGAGAACUAUAAAAUUGAAGGAAAAAGAUGGUGCUCCAACAAUUUGUUUGAACGUUACGUCCUUUGAAGGAUUGGGUGAUUGUAUAAACAAUUCUUCAAAAGUUGGUAAAGUUAGAUCCAUGUUAAUUUACAACUUAAACCAUUUCUUUAAUAAUGAAAUUAGAAUUAAAAGGGAAAUCAACAAUGGAAGUCAAUUAGACCCAAGAGUUCAUCUUUGUCUAUAUUUUUUGAAGGGAAAUGGGAAAGGACUAAAAGAGUUUGAUAUCAAAGUGUUGCAAAGUUUGAAUGGGUUGGUAAAUCUUAUUCCAGUAAUAGGGAAGGCCGAUCUCUUGGCAGAAGAAGAAUUAUAUUUGAAUAAAUUCUUAAUUUUAAAGGAUAUUAGAGAAAAUGACAUUGAAAUAUUUGAUUUCCAAGAUGAUAAAAUAGAGGAAAGCUUAUUUUUAGCUGAAAAUGAAGAGGAAUCUACGGCACAGAAACCAUUUGGGACCAAAAGUAUUGCCGAAAUGGUACCAUUUUCAAUAAUCUGCAGUGAAACAGAAAAACGGGAUGAUAAUAAUGAACUGUAUCACACAAGAAACUAUCCUUGGGGCCAAGUAAUUAUUGAAAACAAAAAAGUAUCUGAGUUCAUAAUUCUUAAGAGUAUUAUUCUGGGUUCCCAUUUGCAAGAUUUUAGAGAUAGUACCAACAAUAUUCUUUAUGAAGGAUUUAGAACCAAAAAAUUGUUGAAUUGUACAGAGAUACAGGAUAACAAGAGAUGUUACGGAAAUACUGACAAGAUUGAGACAGCCUUAAAAAUAUCUUUAAAACAAGCAUGUGGUGAAAACGAGCCCAAGAAACCAUAUAAAGAAUUGGUGGAUAAAAAUAGAAUUAUUGAAGCUUACCAAAAGAUUGAAAAUUUGGAGAAGAUGACUAAUAACUCAACUGGAAAUUCAUCUCCCACCCGUGUUACUUUGUCUUCUUAA